GGUGGCUGUUGUUCAAGACAAAAGUGUUCUCUGUGAAGGAGUUGUGAGUGACUGGCUUCGGUGGCCGAGUUGGGUGAGACGAAGUACUACUUUUCCGGCGAUGAGUGAGGAGGGUGAUUCUCGGAGGGGGACUGAGGGUGGUGGCGGGAUGCCGCGAGAUGGCAGGAAGUGUUAUAAGUACGGUGAGGGUGGCCACUACAUCCGUGAUUGCGCGGACUACUGGAGGGCAAAGGCACAGGGGAGACCAUUCGCUCCAUCGGUCAUUUCCACCGGGCAAACACGGUCUGGACGAUCAACAUCGGGCAGCGACAGCUUUGGGUUCCGGAGGAGCCGCUUUGCUGAAAGUGGCGGGGAUUGUAAUGAACGUGGGGAUAGUACGGACGAGAAGUACUUCAUGCAGAUGGUUGAGGAACGACGUGAGCGGAUCGAACGUGAAAGGGAAGAGGAGCGAAGAAGAGUGGAGGACGAGGCGAGAUGGGUGAAGGAAACUAGGAGGGCGUUAAGAGAGGAACAGAGGAUAAGGCACAAAGAGGAACGCGACGUUAGACUAAUGAGGAUUUUGCGCAGCGAAUUUCAAAGGGAGGGUGCGAGAAGCGCAGACAAAGGAAAGAAACCGGUGCGUGCAAUCGAAAAGCGGUUGCGGAGAAGCAUCGCGCAACGAACUUUCGGGAUGGAAGAAGCAGAGGACGAAGAGCUGCUUGCCCUACGCAAGCAAGCGGCGAGGUUGGAAUUGUUGGAAAAAAGGAAGCGUGACCCCGACUUACCUGUUGGGAAUAGUCCACCUAUCUUCACUCUCGAGAAGAGGUCGAAUACGUGACUCUCGGAGGAGGCAAAAGCAAGAAUUGAAGUGCUGAAUAGC